AUGGCGGCGCCCCGUGGUGUGGAAGAGAUGCGGAGUCGCGUGGUGCUGGGAGAGUUUGGCGUCCGCAACGUCCAUACUACAGACUUUCCAGGGAAUUAUUCUCAGUAUGACGAUUCCUGGGAUAAGGAGAAGUUUGAAAAGAAUUUCAGAAUAGAUGUGAUUCACAUGGAUGAAAGCACUCUAGAAUUUGACAUGGUGGGGAUUGAUGCAGCUGUCGCUAAUGCCUUCCGACGUAUCUUGCUUGCUGAGGUGCCAACCAUGGCUGUGGAGAAGGUCUUUGUGUACAACAACACCUCUAUUGUGCAAGAUGAAAUCCUGGCCCACCGCUUGGGGCUGAUCCCUAUACAUGCUGAUCCUCGCCUCUUUGAAUACAAGAGUGAAGAAGACGAGUGUGAUGAAAUUAACACUCUGCAGUUCCAGUUGAAAAUUAAGUGUAGCAAGAACCCUCAGGCAGCCAAGGAGUCAUCUGAUCCUAAUGAACUGUACAUCAACCAUAAAGUUUAUAGCAAGCACAUGGAAUGGGUGCCGCUGGGGUCUCAGGCGGACAAUCUGAAUGCUGACUUCCGUCCUGUACACGAUGACAUCCUCAUUGCCCAGUUGCGUCCUGGCCAAGGAAUCGAUGUACUUAUGCAUUGUGUAAAGGGCACUGGUAAAGAUCAUGCAAAGUUUUCUCCAGUGGCCACAGCCAGCUACCGGCUGUUGCCAGAAAUAACUCUACUGCAGCCUAUCGAAGGGGAAGCAGCUGAGAGGCUGAAGAAGUGCUUUUCUCCUGGGGUCAUAGAGAUUCAAGAAAUCAAAGGGAAAAAAGUGGCAAGAGUGGCCAAUGCUAGAUUAGAUACGUUUAGUCGGGAAGUUUUUCGCCAUGACGAUUUGAAAACCCUUGUCCGGCUGGCUCGAGUGCGAGAUCACUACAUCUUUUCUGUAGAAUCAACAGGUGUUCUGCCUCCAGAUGUGUUGGUGAGUGAAGCAAUCAAGGUGUUAAUGGGAAAAUGUCAGCGCUUCUUGGAGGAGCUGAAAACUAUUCAGAAGAAAUAAGAAGAUUGUGUUCUUAGACUUCAGCAGAACGGUCU